UAGUCAAAGCAGAUUCGUCAGAAUUGCCGCACAUUGUCGCCAUGCCGGGAAGGUCAUCCGGCCCAUAUGGCUCAAUCCCCUUGGACCAGGCCAAGCCCAACCGGCCAAGGCUUCUGAUUCUGCCAUUGGGGUACUGCAUAUUGGUGCCAUGGGCUAUCUUCAGUGCAGCUCUUUGGGUUCGAUCCUUCCAUAUCCACUACCUGCAUCCAACGGCCGCAUUGGUCCUUGAGGUGAUGGCCUGGCUCUUUGCAGUGUGCUUGGCAUUCUUUGCACUUGGCCGACAAGCGCGCCGCUUAAAGGGUGAGGCUGUCGAUGCUUCGUGGAUCAACUUCAUGGCAUUGAGCUUGCUGCUGGCCCUCGUCACGGCAGGGAUAUUGGGAGAGUAUAACUUCAAGGUAAACAUGGAACCAUACUACGAUGUGGUUACAUUGCAGACCUAUACUGACAUAGAUCCUGUGAAUGCCAGGGGCGAAAAGCUCUUGGAUGCGGGCCGCAUCGUGUUCACCAAGGCGUCACAUUUAGACAUCAAUCGCUCCAUGGGCUACAUGGACACGGAGACUUGGUGCGUUGCGCCUGUCACGACCCGAAGUUUGGAUGCCAAUAGCACAGAGCCAGCUGUCCUGGACUUUUGGGCCAUUGGCAAGAACUGCUGUUCAGGCAGCACUGGCGGAGACUUUCGAUGUGGGUCGUGGUCCAGCCACUUGGCGCACGGCGGCUUGCGGCUUCUCAACGAUGACGAGCGCCCAUUGUACAGGUUGGCAGUUCAUCAAGCGGAGGCUGCCUACAACAUCCAGGUGCAACAUCCAAUCUUUCUCUACUGGAUGCCGGAGCCAAUCGAGGAAGUGGACGCCUACAGCCACAGCGGGCGCAGGUUUUUCCGCGUUGCCGUGCUGUCUUACCUGUGCUUCCAGCUGAGCCUGGUGUUCAUGUCGGUCUUGUGUAUCUCCAAGCUUGCUCGGUUAUGAUGCCGCUAGUGAAGCAGCUCGUGGAUCUUAGCGGCAGUGCGCAGACGUUGCUGUAGCAAACCUAUGUUUGCCGCUAUGCAUCUUAUGGAA